AUUUAAGACAUUAAUAUUCAUUGAUUUCGAUUUCAAUUUCAAUUUUUGUCUGCUACAAACUCGCACUGUUUUUUAUUUCGAAAGAUAUAGUUUGGUUGCUCCUCUCAUCAACUGAAUUGAAAACCUUAAAUCACAACAGCAAUAGGAAAUGGUCAAAAGGAGCAAGUAUGGGUCAUUUUGAUUUGAAACAAGUAACAUGUCUCAGUGCUUAGAGGGGGUCAGGCAUUUACUUGCAUCCCUUCUAAGUUGUUGUGAUCUUGAUUUGUACAAACAAUCAAGAGGCCUCGAAGAUCCUGAAAUUCUGGCUAGAGAGACAGUGUUUAGUGUAAGUGAAAUUGAGGCACUCUACGAGUUAUUUAAGAAGAUUAGCAGCGCAGUUAUUGAUGAUGGUCUAAUUAAUAAGGAAGAGUUUCAGUUAGCGCUGUUUAAGACAAAUAAAAAAGAAAGCUUGUUUGCUGACCGGGUGUUUGACCUGUUUGACACAAAGCAUAAUGGAAUCCUAGGCUUUGAGGAGUUUGCUCGUGCACUCUCAGUAUUUCAUCCUAAUGCACCGAUUGAUGAUAAGAUUGAAUUUUCCUUUCAGCUUUACGAUCUCAAGCAGCAAGGUUUUAUAGAGAGGCAGGAGGUUAAGCAAAUGGUAGUAGCUACUCUUGCCGAGUCUGGGAUGAAUCUUUCAGAUGACGUGAUCGAGAGCAUCAUUGACAAGACCUUUGAAGAAGCUGAUACAAAACAUGACGGGAAGAUUGACAAGGAAGAAUGGAGGAGUCUUGUACUUAGGCAUCCAUCUCUUUUGAAGAAUAUGACACUUCAGUACCUUAAGGACAUAACAACGACGUUUCCAAGCUUUGUUUUUCAUUCGAGAGUAGAGGAUACCUAAGCUAGUUCAUGGGGUUGAAGUUUGAGGUUAGUGUUUUUGUUGUGGUGUGAAUGUGCAUGGUCGAAGAAGGCAGGCCUCCGGCAGGACGUGUACCUACAUUGAUUUAUGGUUUUGUUUCUCACGCUGGGCAUUGUUGGCACAAGCUGAGAGGAGUUUGUGGACAAACUUUGGUUUUCAAAUGAUUUGAUUAUGGAACUCAAAACCAUCAAAUAUCUGUUUAUAGACACAUUCAUUUAUUAGACUAUAGUAAUUGAAUAAGAAAUAUGUUUGGCUCGA